UAGAGGGUAAUGGAGGGUGUUGAGACGUGGAGCGCUUCACUAUGAUACUUGUGACUUCCUUUUGUGUUUUAGGGUGUUUGUGACAUGUGAUGUAGCCUGAAUGUGUUUGAGGACUUUAAGCAGUGUGACUGAACAACAACUGAAGUCAUGGACGGAGCUUUGGUGGUUAUUCUCAUAUCUGUGGCUAUGUUCAUGGGAUGUUUCCUGCUCGGAAUAAUCCCUUUAUUAAUCAAUUUAUCAGAGCAGAAACUGCAGCUGAUAACUGUGCUGGGGGCGGGGCUUCUAUGUGGCACUGCUCUGUCAAUCAUCAUCCCAGAGGGGGUGGAGUUAGUACAGGAGUCUUGGAAAGAGUGGUAUUGCUCUACUUUGAGAGGGGGUCAAAAUAUCUCCGAACUGAAUUCAACUCUUCUUCCGGCCACAGGGAAAAGUGUGCGUCCUCAUUUCUUCAUCGGAGUUUCUCUGGUUUUGGGAUUUACACUCAUGUUUGUGGUAGACCAGAUUGCCAACUACUGCUCCAUGCAUGAAUCCCGAGAGCGCAUGUCCAAUAGCAACAGUGUUACCACCACCCUGGGUCUCCUUAUUCACGCUGCAGCUGAUGGUGUCGCUCUGGGUGCAGCUGCAGCAUCAUCACAGGUGUCUGUUCAGGUCAUCGUGUUCUUCGCUGUCAUUUUGCACAAGGCUCCAGCUGCAUUCGGUCUGGUCUCCUUCCUCAUGCAUGCUGGUCUGGAGAGGAGGGCGAUUCAGAAGCAUUUACUGGCGUUUUCUGCUGCUGCUCCGCUGUUGGCCAUCAGCACUUAUUUCAUCCUGAGCGCGACCAAUGGCUCUUCGCAGAACCGCCUCGGUGCUACAGGAAUUGGCAUGUUGUUUUCCGCUGGGACUUUCUUGUAUGUGGCCACAGUUCAUGUUCUUCCUGAAGUUAACAGCAGAGGGCAGCAGUGCUACACUCAUCACCACCACCAUCAUGCAGGAACAGGGGGCCACCAGCAGGGGGGGCUGGGAGUUAUAGAGAGCCUCACUUUCAUACUGGGAGCGGGACUUCCUGUGCUGUUGGCCCUCGGACUGCCAGAUGAUUAAGCCAUAAGAACAAGCCAUUUCUCUUCAUAAUUCCAAACUUGACUGGCCAUUUUGUACAAUAUUUUUUUUAACGUUAAAACGCUCUAUGAGAGCUAAUGUUUUAUGUUUUGUCAUUAUUAAAGUUAAGAAACUCACCAAAAGUUUUAUAUAUUUCAAUAUUAAACAGACUUUAACUUCUUUUUUUAUUUACUGAUAAUCCAAAAUUAUUUUAUAUUUGC